AUGAAUGUAACAAAGAGACGGCCCCCAGUCCCCGGCGGCCCCGCUAUUCCUGGCUACGGUGGCGACCAUGGUAACGGCGGGGCAGGGGGUGCUAAGAAUCUCCGGUGGAGGUUCGGUUGCCACCUUAGACAACUCGACCUGGCAACGUACAACGCACGCACCCUGAGGACUGACGAGAAGAUCGUGGAGCUGGAAGAAGAGAUAGACAAGUUGCGCUGGCAUAUUAUAGGAUUAUCCGAAGUCCGAAGAGAGGGGGAGGACACGGUAAUCCUCGAAUCCGGCAACUUGCUCUAUUACCGGGAGGGCGACCAUCUGUCCCAAGGAGGUGUCGGAUUUAUCGUCCACAAGUCUCUCGUUAACAACGUUGUAAAGAUCGGGAGUGUGUCGACGAGGGUUGCGUACCUUAUACUCAGAAUCACCAAACGGUAUUCGCUGAAGGUCAUACAGGUUUACGCACCAACCUCGGCACACCCCGAUGGGGAGGUGGAGGAAAUGUAUGAGGAUAUCUCUAGAGCCAUGCAUUCCUCCAAAACCCAAUAUACGGUGUUAAUGGGAGACUUCAAUGCAAAACUAGGCACAAGAGAGAACGGUGAGCUGAAAGUAGGGAAAUUUGGAAUAGGGCAACGGAACCCAAGGGGCCAGCAGCUGGCCGACUUCAUGGAGAAAGAGGGACUCUUUAUGAUGAACUCUUUCUUCCAGAAGCGACCCCACAGGAAGUGGACCUGGUCGAGCCCCGACGGUUCGACAAAAAAUGAGAUUGACUUCAUUAUGACGACCAGACGACAACUGUUCAGUGAUGUCUCCGUGAUCGCGAGGGUGAAAACUGGUAGCGAUCACCGAAUGGUUAGAGGCACACUGAACCUAAACGUUAAGUUGGAGAGGUCUUGUCUAAUGAAGUCAACGCUCCGUCCCCCUCGAGCUCUGUUCCAAAGUCCCGAAACCUUUCAGCUCGAGUUACAAAACCGUUUUCAGUGCCUAGAAGACUGCAAUGAAGUGGACGAUAUGAAUGACAAGCUCGUGGAAACUGUCCAUGCGGUCGGAGCUAAGUUCUGCAAGACCCGCCGCAGAAGAACACAAAAACUCUCCGAUCACACUCUUAAUCUCAUGGCUGUUAGACGGGAGAUGAAGCUACAUUCUUCAACAGACUUGACAGCAUACAGGCAUCUGAACAUUCAGAUCUCCAAAUGCAUGCGGCGGGACUUACGCAACUUCAAUACAGCUCGUAUUGAAGAAGCGAUCGAGCGGAACCAAGGUGGAGCCUUGGUUCCGCUCGAUCGUCGAAGUCUUUGCCAGAGAUCUGUCUGCCAGAAAGACCCACCUGUCAAAGCUGAAGACAGAGUGUGGCAGCAUCGUUUCCGGGACACCUGA